AUGUUGUUUGUGUCAACUUCUACGACACAUCGGGCAUUAACAGACAGCUUCGUUUCGCUCUUUUCUACCACUUCUGCUACCAAUGCUGCUACUUCUACUGUCAUUUCAUCCUCAGUGUCAGAGCCUACGGGUUCAAGCUCAUCACAGGCGACAUUCCCUUCCUUUAACACCGCUCCCAUACUACACUCUACCAGCUCAGCAGCUCCCCUUAACUCUGUUGUCUCCUCUAGUAAGAGAGUGACUACAUCACCACUUUCCUCCUCCUCAAGGAGACCUUCGGCUGCAGGUUCUGUAGCCAUCACCGCCUCAGCAUUCUUGGACGCAAGGACUUCGGUCGCUGUAAUCCAGUCCUCACAGACCACGAUUGCUUCAAAUACCACUACUUCAUUCACUGAAACUCUAUUGCAUACUUCGUUUUCUGAUUCCUCGAGUAUUGAUUCAUCGCAAACCAAAGUGUUGGCAUCCGGUUCAACUACCUCCGAUGAUGCGCCUUCAGACACGAGUACUCCCACAUCGGCGGCCACCAUGUUUGCUUCAGAGCGUACACCCACUAUUACCCACGACUUCAUGAGCCCUAGCAGUGGAGCCACGCCACUUACUGCAUCUUACUCUUCGAGCAUAAUCCAGACCUCAAGUCCAUCCAGAAUAGCAUUCACUCCUUCAACGAGCUCUUCAGCCGCAUCCAAUUUUUCCCAUAGUUAUACUAGCGGUGGAGAUAUAACUUCCAUCACUACAUCGCCAGAUACAGGCUCAACUCCCAAUUCGUCCAGUCAGGCGAACCACAAAUGUGAUUCCUUCAGUAUGCUAGCGCAGUCUCCAAUAUCAGGGACAGCAGCUGCCACAAGCGCCGUGUCUUCUCAGCCGUCCCUUGUACGAGGACUGCCGCAGCCCUCUAAUACAAUUACUUCCUCACCUAUGAACGCCUCGCACCCUGAGAUGAGGCAAUCCGAGAGCAAUGACGGAUUCACCAGUCCAACUCCUAUUCCCGUUGAUACAACUACAAUGUCAGCUUACCAACAUAGUAGUUCCGCUGGGUUGCAAUCGGAAUUAUCAACAUAUGACCCUCUCGUAAGACUAGGCAAUACUAUGCAGGACGGUGGUUAUACUAUUUAUACGACAACUUUCAUAUCUAUAAGGACUCUUUACACGUUAACGACCAUAACUGUCUCACCUACCCUGACGACAUCCAUGCCAUAUACAACCGAAACGGAGGUCUUUACAACUACCUAUACAGUCGCGGCCCAGGCCCCAACGUCUGUCAUUACAACUACGAUUGUGGUUCCUUCAUCCAAAGCGGGUGACGCUUUCCGACCUUCGACAGCCCAGAUUGGCGGUAUAAUUGCAGGAUCCAUCGGCCUUCUCGCUUUCUUAGUAGCCAUCAUUAUCUACCUCGUCCUGCGAAAACGCAGAAGGAAGUUUGUCAUCGUUUCCCCGAACAGGACUCCAUGCCUUGAGUCUGACGCCGAAAUAGGCGAAGAUAGUGAUGGCCACGAUUUCCAGCGGCCCUUGACAACCCAGAUUCUCGCCAGCGCCUCUGACAGCGACUCCCUUGUUCUUCCUCCUUCAGGUCGACUCGGUUACGAUACUUCGAGAGUCUCCAGCUCCCCUUCUACAGUCAGCUAUCGGCAUUCAUCGCAUAGAGAGACCAUUAACUCAGUGAAUGACUUAACGACUGCGUAUUCACCGACUUCCUCUGUGGAUAUUAUCAAUAACUCCAAUGAAGAACAGUGUGCAGAGUCGUCAUCAUAUCCCUCUGCGCAGACCGAAUCCACCGAAUCUCUAGCGCCAAUGACACCUGGUCAGCCGGCGGAUCGCCUCCCGAGCAGACUGACCCAGUCUUCCCGUAAUGCAUAUGAAGAAGAGAUCGAACGGUUACGACAAGAAGUUUCGUCUCAGACAAACCGUCUGAGGUAUAUGGAGCAGAUGGGGCUCAUGGACAGUAGAUCCCCACCACCAUCUUACCGCUCGCGUAGAAGUGCUAUUUCACAGACUUUUGGUUCUUCCCUGUCACUGCCGCCGCCAUUACCUUCGCUCGAGAUUAACCACUAA